AUGCUCAGAUGCAGUCUUCGGCCGAGGAGACUCACUUGCAGAACGAGUCGUCCCUCUCAAAUAUUUUCAAUACCCAUAAGCCAUUCCAUCAACCGAGUUUCACCAGUCUUCUUGACAUAUCAUGACGCAAACUCCUUGAGGGUAUUCUCGCAGCAAUCAUGGCAUACUCAAGGCUCUAAAGCUAUAUCAAGGCUCCCGACGGUGGACGACACAAUUUAUGCCUUAUCAACGGCACAAGGCCGGGCUGGUAUCGCAGUGAUUCGCAUUUCUGGUCCAUCAUGUCUUGAAAUUUACAAGGCACUUUGUCCGUCUAAACCAUUGCCAAAACCGAGAUAUGCAACUGUUAGAUCCCUCUAUGAUCCCCAGGCCGAUGUGAAAAAUGAGCGGGUUGUCCUAGAUUCAGAAUCUCUCAUUCUUUACUUUCCCAAUCCAAAGACCGUGACUGGCGACGACGUCCUAGAGUUGCAUGUUCAUGGGGGAUCAGCCACGGUCAAGGCGGUGUUGUCAGCCAUACCGCGGUGUUCCACCACCACACAUCGUAUUCGAUACGCAGAACCCGGGGAGUUUACGAAGCGAGCCUUCUUCAACAAUCGUCUUGAUCUCGCUCAGAUUGAAUCUCUGAGUGACACCCUGGCGGCAGAGACCGAACAGCAACGUCGCGCAGCCGUGCGAGGUAAUUCUGGUGCCCUUGGGCGGCAAUACGAGGCGUGGAGAGAACAGCUGCUGUUGGCCCGCGGGGAGAUCGAAGCGUUGAUUGACUUCUCGGAAGACCAGCAUUUUGACGAGCCGCAGUCGGAGCUUUUGCAAAAUGUGACUGCUCAAGUCGCUAAGAUGCUACACAGCAUCGAGUUACAUGAGCAGGGAAGUCAGCGAAGCGAACUUUUGAGAAGUGGUAUUCGUAUUGCGUUGCUGGGGCCGCCCAAUGUCGGUAAAAGCUCUCUCAUGAAUCUGAUCGUAGGAAGGGAGGCUUCCAUCGUGUCUAGUGAAGCAGGGACGACCCGAGAUAUUGUAGAAGCAAGCUUAGAUAUACGGGGCUAUUUAUGUUCAUUUGCAGAUACGGCGGGAUUCCGAUCCAGGGAUUCUCAUAUGAUCAACGAGGCUAAGAGUGGCGCAAUUGGGGCCGUGGAGGAAGAAGGAAUACGACGAGCGAAACAGCGUGCCCUAGAUUCGGAGCUUGUCGUUGUCCUUGCGUCAGUGGAGGAGAAUCCAGAAGGAUUCAUUUUGCAAUACGAUGAGGAAACACUCGAUCUUGCCGCCGGGGCUGAGGACUGUCUUAUCGUCGUCAACAAACAGGAUGCCAUUGGCAAGGCAGAAUUCGAGACGCUCGCUCAGGAUUUUCGAAACGUUGCUCUAAUUCGUGCCCCCAAGCUAGCGGCGGCGGAGCUCGUGGCUAUUUCGUGUAGGGAGGCUCAGACAGCGACAUGGCAAAACACGGAUCCAGGCGGUAUUCAGACCGUGAUCACCAAGCUCGUGGCAUCCUUCGAGAAGAUGACAGCAAUGCCCGUUGAUCUCCAGGAUUUGCUAGGUGUCACGGAGCGUCAGCGCCAGCUUCUUUUCAAGUGUCGUCAACAUUUGGAGGAUUUCAUGGCAGAAGCCACCCCUGACGAAGGUUUGGACGCCGAUACUGUCCUCGCAGCCGAGUAUCUGCGGUAUGCAGCGGAUUGCCUCGCGCGUAUCACAGGACGGGGAGAGUUCGGAGAUGUUGAGGAUGUGCUGGGGGUUAUUUUUGAGAAGUAA